UGCUCCUCUGACCAGAAGAUUAAGUGAAUGGUGCUUAGAAUACUUAGAAUACUAAAUUACAUGAGUGGUCCAUGACUUAAUAACAACCUAUCAAGGAUAGAGAUAUAGUUUAGAAUUUUACACCCUGAAAAACUCCAAGCUGAGCGAAGCUCAACCGCUUGUGCUUGAUCAGAUUUGAAUGACAUGGGCGUGGAAACAUGAGCAAACAACCACACAACCGUCAUCACAUUUUGAUACAAAUGUUUCUUAAUCCCCAUUGGUGCUCAACUGGUUACUGGAAGCUGCUUUCAAUACCUUGGUGUGACCACAGCCUUCAUUUACCGGCAGGCACUGACCAUUCACCACAUUUACAUGUUUUAUAGUUUAACAGAGGCGUAUCUCUUUACACUGUUUACAUUAUUUAGAAAUUGGUAUCAGUCAUAUGCCCUGGUGCCGCUGCGAAAGCUGGCCAGUUGAUGGACAACGUAUGAUGAAUCUCGUUCACAGCGCUUCAGAUUGGGGUUUUGUUUUAGGAUCCAAACCGAGAGAUUUUCCACGAGGUCUGAAGUUGCUCCAGAAGGACGAGCCUGGAUUCAGAUUCGUCUCGUUGUGGUUUAUAUCACUUUAGUGUGAGGACCCAGCACUUUGUUUUACCUGCUUCGAACGCACCAAGAUUGGAGUCCCUGAGGCAGGAUGGAGAAUCCAGACCAGGACAUGGAGCUCCGUCAGUCUUCCAGUCAGGCAUCGAGAGUGACAUUGAAUACCGGCGACUAUUCAGAGCCACAACAGGAGCACGAACCUGAGCCCGAAUCCAACCAGGAGACCCCGGAGCCGACGCGCCCCCCACGGCUGGAGCUCCUGGAGUUCCGCACAGAGCAGCUUCACAACAGGCGUUUUCUUCUGCUGAGGAUGGAGCACAUGAGGAAGAAGGCAGUGACGUUCGAGGACAGCGAUGAAACGUGCGAGCUGGAGUCCAUUGAGAGCGAGCUGGAGGAGCUGCAGGCUGAAAAGAAGGCGUUGGAGGAACAGGGGGAGAGCUCCACCCUCACAGAAAAUGGAGGUCAACAGGAUGACUGUCCCACUUAUUAUAAAAGUGGGACAGUCAUCCAACCCUGUGGGGGGAUCUACAUUCUGCCCCCUCCUCGGCUAACGCAGGAGGACAUCGCCGUGGUGCAGACAGUCAAAACUACAGCUGAAGCAGAAACGCCAACAGGCCCGAUCACUCCAGCGGGCAGCCUGUGUCAGAUGUCGGCCGUCACCCGGUGUCCUUCCUGUGAGGAGGUGGUCUUCACAGAAACCCAGAGCACAGUGGGCGACACAGUGUGGCUGCUCUGCUGUCUGUGCACCAUGAUGGGAUGUGCGGCGGGCUGCUGUUUGAUCCCUUUCUGCCUGAAAGGUGCGAAGAAUGUCCAGCACCGUUGCCCCCGGUGUCAGGCCCACAUCCACACCUUCCAGCCACUCUGACGCGGACAUGGUGUCCAGCGCUACAUUGAGGAAUCUCUGCAAGCGUCUCCAUAUUUGACUUUUCAUCUGGACAAGGAAUCUGGCAGAUUUGCCUGGUGGGAACUGCACAAAGGCUCAGAAAACUUUGGUGGGACGUACUCGUUGUUUUCGACUGCCUUGGUCUGGUGAUGCAGCCGUGAGAGUCGGCCUCAGUUCGUCUUUCAACGUGACACGGAAUUAACUCGAGCUCUCCGCCGUCAAGAGACGACUGCUGACCUGAGGACACGCCCGUUUCCUUGACAUUAGGAAAAUACAUGUGGCUAGAUUUAUGACUUUAAACUGAAUAUAUGCAAACACGCCGGCACAGGAGCCGCCGAGUCUAACAAAGAACUGUUUUCAUGCGCUGGCAAACACAAGUCAAUGUUGUGACUUCCUUCAGUCCUGUUCAGUUCUUUUUAAAAAGCAACAUAUCUGUAUAAUAAUAAUAAUAUUGUUUACUAUAAAAAAAAUGUAAAUCAUCCUGUAAAUAAAUUUACUUCCGCACGUU